ACACCGGAAGUCGCGUAGUUUGCCCUUCCUAGCUCGACAAAAGGCUGGAGCGUAACCAGAUGGAAUUCUGCACUGCCUUCCUAACAAAUUACUCACAUUUUAAAUUGUUUCGCACACUUUUUAGCUGGCGGCCCAGUGGACUAACAGCCCUGGCGUGAAAACCGAAGUUCAUCAGGACGGCUGUAAAGCGGGACAGAAGCGUGUCGACGCUCAAAGAUAGAAUCUUCUCACCCACUUGAGGCGAGUGUGCGGACAUCAUGCCUCUCUUUGGUAAAUCCCACAAGACCCCGGUAGAGAUCGUCAAGACCCUCAAGGAGAACUUGGCCGUGCUGGUUAAACAGGACAAAAAAACAGACAAGGCAUCUGAGGAGGUGUCCAAGUGUCUGGUGUCCAUGAAAGAGAUUCUAUAUGGGAGCAACGAUAAGGAGCCUCACACAGAGACGGUGGCCCAGUUGGCCCAAGAGCUCUACAACAGCGGCCUGCUGAUCACGCUGGUGGAAAACCUGCAGGUCAUUGACUUUGAGGGCAAGAAGGACGUCUGUCAGAUCUUUAAUAACAUCUUGAGGAGGCAGAUUGGAACCAGGAGCCCCACCGUGGAGUACUUUUGCUCCCAUCAAGAGGUUCUCUUUAUCCUGUUGAAAGGGUACGAGGCACCCCAGGUGGCGCUCAACUGUGGGAUCAUGCUGAGGGAGUGCAUCCGCUACGAGCCGCUUGCCAAGAUGGUUCUGUAUUCGGAUCAUUUCCAUCGAUUCUUCGGCUAUGUCGAGAUGUCCACCUUCGACAUUGCCUCUGAUGCCUUUGCCACCUUCAAGGAUCUCCUGACGAGGCAUAAAGUGCUUGUAGCGGAGUAUCUCGAACAGAACUACGAUGCGGUGUUUGCAGACUACGAGAAGCUUCUGCACUCAGAGAACUAUGUCACCAAGAGGCAGUCGCUCAAGCUUUUGGGCGAGCUAUUGCUAGACCGACACAACUUCACGGUGAUGACGCGCUACAUCAGCAAGCCGGAAAAUCUCAAGAUGAUGAUGAACCUGCUAAGGGACAAGAGUGCCAACAUCCAGUUUGAGGCCUUCCAUGUCUUCAAGGUGUUUGUGGCCAACCCCAACAAGACACAGCCGAUUGUUGACAUUCUGCUCAAGAACCAGUCCAAGUUGAUUGACUUCCUGAGCAACUUCCAGAAGGACCGCACGGACGAUGAGCAGUUCAACGACGAGAAAACCUACCUUAUCAAACAGAUCAGGGAUCUUAAGAAACCAGCGUCCUAGAGAAGCCCCUCCACCCUCUAGUUCAAUUGUUUAUCAAUAGGAAGUUGUAGGAAAAAAACAAGCUAUUUAAACAAAAAAAAAAAGGUAUUUGUAUUUUUCUUUUUUUGCUUCACAAAAAAUGUGUGCAAGAAUAGUUUCUCAAUCACUCACCUUUUGUAAUUGUUUUUUUUUCUCUCAAUGAUUAGUAUGUAGCAGUGCCACGACUCAUUUGGUUGGCAGCAUCUGAUUGGCUGAGUGGGCAACACCAGCAGUUAAAAUGCCAGGAAUGGCAUUGCUGCACAAUAUUAGUCUCACCCCUCAACACUUAGUUGGUCAUACAAAGUUUGGUUACGGAGUCAAAACUGAACUAAACAAAUGUCCCGUGUAAAGGAUGCGUUUCACUGCUUUAACAGCCCGUGGGCACGAUCCUGUGAAUGAACGUCAGAUGUUGCCAACAGUGAUGACUCUUGAUUUUGAAAUGAAGGGCGUGUAAUUGGGCUAUCAACUAAUUCUUCUCACUGCACCUCAUAGCACUUUCUGUAUUUUAUAAAUGGUUGUCUGGGCUAAUCAAUGUGUUCAUGCUGUUCUGUGUAUUUAUACUAUGGUGCAGAGACUGAGUGACAAGUGGUCUUUGCUUUGUUUGGGUCCGAUUCAGAUGAGUGGAAGAUUCAGAAGUGCCAUUUUAGUUUGCGGUGUUUUUCUAUUUUGUUUACUUGUAUCUUUGAAGGGGAAGCAUACUUGUCAAAGCAAUCUGCUCUGGACUGGAAUUUUGAUGUGAUUAGGCAGUAUGCAGCUGCUUUGGCCAACAGUUUGGGAUUACAGUGGAGUGGCAACCGUGGAAACCCACAAGGACUCCAAAAUGUGCAAAAUCUUACAACAUCAAAAGUUGGUUUAAAAAUGACAAAUUGCAUCUCACGCACACAAAACUUAAGCUUUAAUGAGUCGUUCAUUUCCCUGUGGAUGUUUGACCAAGUCUUGUCCGCAUUCUGGAUCUCGUUGCUAGCUUUUCAUCUCGUACGAGAUGCAGCUAGCUUCAUUGUGUACUAUACCGAGAAUGAAUAUAAGGAUGGAAACUCAA